GACGGCGGAGACGUCGCGCGUCGGUUUCCGAGGAACGACGUCGCGAGUCCUCGGCGCGUUCCUGCCAGAGUCGGUUCCGUUGGAGGCCUUGCUUCUCCUCCGGGCCACGCCGCCGCCGCCGCCUUCAGGACUAGCCGAGGAGGGGGAGGAGCCGCGACAUGUCGGUACCCCCGACAGGGUUCCCCCCGCCGCCCCUCGGCUCCGCCGGCGCCUCCUUCCCGGGAGGGCCCAGCGUGGGGCCCGCCAACCCCAGAGCCUCGGGCGGUGUGGGGCUGUGCCAGAACGGUCCAAUGCAAAAUCAGAUGCCGUUCUCCCCUGGAUAUGGAUCACAUCCUCAGAACUACAGUGCUCCAACAGGACACUACUCACAAGUGCCCAAUAACAUUAUCCCUUCACAACUGGAUAACCACUAUGGUGCUGAUUAUUAUUCUGCCCACUAUUCAGCACAGGCACAAAAUGUUAAUGCAUCUUCUAUGACUCCCAAGAUGUUGAGCAUGCAAGGAUCACAGUACUUGUACAAUAGAGAACCUCAUAUUGUAGAAUCAUCUGGACCUGUCCCAGGAAUGGUUUCGUCAGCGUCCCAGUUACACACCAGCAUUUCACAGUCAUAUUCCUCGUUUGGUACUCCCUAUAGUAAUUCAGCCUUGCACUCUGCCAGCUCUUCAGUUCCAUCUCAGGGAUUUGUUGCUCCUUCUGGUCCCUAUGCCACACCUGUUGCCUCUAGUGCUGCUUAUCCUAACGUUUCAUAUCCUUCUAUGUCCGUCGGCAGUCCAUAUGGGCAAGUGACUGCUUCUCACAACAUACCAGCUUUUGGACAUCCAAUAGAGGCAAAUGCUUAUUCUUCCAGUCAAAAUAGAGCACCACCUGCAGGGCAGCAGAGGGUUCCUUUGAGUCACAGUUCUGCAACAUGGUCUGCCCCAGAGCUCCAGCUGGCUCAGAAAAACCAUAGCGGAAGCUUUGCAGGAUCCUUGCCACAAGCAAGCAACCCAGCGGGCACAGGUUCACCACAUCUUGUAAACCAGAAUAUUCAGCAUAGAAAACCUGCCCAGGGAGCGUCUUCAGCUGUUACGUCUUCAAUAAGAACACCUGUUGUGGAAAAGACAACGAAGCCCACCACUUCCUCUUCCCUUACACAACCAUCAGAUCCUUUGCUUCAAGAAGGCAUGCAGUAUGGUGGAUAUGUUAAUAAUCAAGCUAGCUCUCCAGCAACUCCCUUGUCAUCAAGUUCAGAUGAUGAGGAAGAGGAGGAGGAGGAUGAGGAAGCAGCUAUUGACAGCUCUUCCACUACGAGCAGCGCAUCUCCCAUUCUCAACAAUUAUGAUAGUCUUGAAGGAGGUGGCUAUCCAGAGGCACGUUCUACAACAAGUAGUCCAGCUCCUGUUCCCUCAGUUCCACAGACGUCUAAAACCUCUAAACCAUUUGGCUAUGGGUACCCAGCUCUCCAGCCUGGCUAUCAGAAUGUGACGCCACCACUUCCACCUUCCAGUAACUCUGGAUAUAAUUCUGGAUUUCCUCAGUAUCCACAGCAAUACCCGACAAUGAAUCAACUGUCAGCUAGUCUUGGAGGACUAGGUAUUCAGCAACCAGAGAGCUUGCGACCGGUCAACGUUACUCAAGAUAGAAAUAUUCUGCCUAUUGUUCCAAUUCCAGCUCCUGUGCCUAAUUUGAACUCUGAUCUGAAGAAACUGAAUUGCAGCCCAGACUCAUUUCGAUGCACUUUGACAAAUAUUCCACAAACUCAAGCUUUGCUAAACAAAGCAAAACUUCCUUUGGGAUUGCUUCUACAUCCCUUCAGAGAUCUGACGCAAUUGCCUGUGAUAACAUCGAACACCAUUGUGAGAUGUAGAUCAUGCAGAACAUACAUCAACCCUUUUGUUUCUUUUAUUGACCAAAGGAGAUGGAAAUGUAACCUGUGCUACAGAGUUAAUGAUGUUCCUGAAGAAUUUAUGUAUAAUCCUGUGACACGGUCCUAUGGAGAGCCGCACAAACGGCCAGAAGUCCAAAACUCUACAGUGGAAUUCAUUGCUUCCUCAGACUACAUGCUUCGUCCUCCUCAGCCUGCAGUGUAUUUGUUUGUGUUGGAUGUAUCCCACAAUGCAGUAGAAGCUGGAUACUUGUCAAUUGUGUGCCAGUCUCUGCUUGAAAAUUUAGACAAGUUGCCUGGAGAUUCAAGAACAAGAAUAGGCUUCAUAACGUUUGACAGCACUGUUCAGUUCUACAAUUUGCAAGAAGGAUUAUCACAGCCUCAGAUGCUGAUUGUGUCAGAAAUUGAUGAUAUUUUCCUGCCAACACCUGAUAGCUUACUUGUUAAUCUGCAUGAAAGUAAGGAGCUAAUUAAAGACUUGCUAAAUGCACUACCAAAUAUGUUCACUAACACAAGAGAAACGCACAGUGCUUUAGGCCCAGCCCUUCAAGCUGCCUUUAAGUUGAUGUCUCCAACGGGUGGGCGCAUAUCGGUGUUUCAGACACAGUUACCAUCGUUGGGCACAGGACGUUUGCAGUCCAGGGAAGAUCCCAAUCAAAGAUCAAACCCAAAGGUUGUUCAGCAUCUUGGUCCAGCAACAGAUUUUUAUAAAAAGUUGGCACUUGAUUGUUCAGGACAGCAAACAGCUGUGGAUUUGUUCCUUUUAAGCUCACAGUAUUCUGAUUUGGCUUCUCUUGCUUGCAUGUCCAAAUAUUCUGCUGGAUGCAUCUAUUAUUACCCAUCUUUCCAUCAUACCCACAACCCCAUGCAAGCAGAUAAAUUGCAAAAAGACCUUAAAAGGUACCUUACACGGAAAAUUGGAUUUGAAGCAGUCAUGAGAAUAAGAUGUACGAAAGGUCUUUCAAUUCACACCUUCCAUGGUAACUUCUUUGUGCGAUCUACUGAUUUGCUGUCACUUGCCAACGUCAAUCCUGAUGCUGGAUUUGCAGUACAGAUGUCCAUUGAGGAAAUCCUGUCAGACACAUCUUUAGUUUGUUUUCAGACAGCACUUUUGUAUACUUCCAGCAAAGGUGAACGGAGAAUCAGAGUGCAUACGCUUUGUUUGCCUGUGGUGACUUCACUGGCAGAUGUUUAUGCUGGAGCAGAUGUACAAGCAGUUAUAUGCCUCUUAGCUAAUAUGGCUGUUGAUCGAUCAGUUUCUUCAAGUCUGUCAGAUGCAAGAGAUGCCUUAGUGAAUGCAGUGGUAGAUUCACUGUCUGCAUAUAUGUCAACUGCAUCAAAUAUCCAGCAAUCUGCUUUAAUUGCUCCAAAUUCCCUCAGGCUGUUUCCUCUGUAUGUUUUGGCUCUCUUCAAGCAGAAAGCAUUUAGAACUGGUACAAGUACACGCUUGGAUGAUCGUGUAUAUGCUAUGUGCCAAAUAAAAAGUCAGCCUCUGGUUGGCUUGAUGAAGAUGAUCUAUCCUAAUCUAUAUAGGAUAGACAGGCUUACUGAUGAGGGUGCUAUACAUGUCAACGAUAGAGUUGUACCUCAGCCCCCUCUUCAGCGGCUGUCUGCAGAGAAGUUGACAAGGGAAGGCGCUUUCCUUAUGGACUGUGGCUCGAUAUUGUACCUUUGGAUUGGAAGAAAUUGUUGUAAUAACUUCAUAAAAGAUGUCCUCGGAUGCCCUAAUUAUUCAGCUGUUCCUCAGAAACUGACACAGCUUCCAGAAUUAGAUACUCUUUCUUCAGAGCGAACCAGGUCCUUCAUAUCCUGGCUUAAGGAAAGUAAAUCUCUAAGCCCAGUACUUCAAAUAAUAAAAGAUGAAAGCCCUACAAAGGCAGAUUUUCUUCAACAUUUAGUUGAAGACAAAACCGAGGCAGCAUUCUCUUACUAUGAAUUUUUGCUUCACAUUCAACAACAAAUUUGUAAGUGAGAAGGAAGAAACUGAAAUAAUAAAGAAAAACAUUUCUGGACUUAUACAAAUGUCAGCUGUGAAAGAAGUACACUGGAAAUGAUAAACAGACAUGUGUUCUUCAGCAUCCAUAUCUAAAGCUUUUCAGCUAAGAGGACAGAGUACACAUUUCCAAAGGAAUUUUACGGUUUUGCUUCAGUAUAAAAAUGAUGGCUAUGAUGCAGUUUUAGUACUAUGUUUUUAAGUUGGUUUGUAUGCGUUUUCAAUAGUGCAACGAUAUGGUGCUUCUGUUUCAAGCUGGUGAACUUACAUAGCGAUGUGGAAUAGUAUUUCUUAAUGAAAUCUAAAAUUGGAGAGCUUCCCCCCCCUUCAUAUUUACUAUGGUAGCCAGAUUAUCUCCAGCAGAGAUGCCAAAGUGCAGUGCUCCAUGCUGUUUAUAUGAAUUUGUAAGAGAGAAAAUUCGUAUUUGAAGACUUCACCAUUUUCUCUGUGAAGACUGUAGAAUUUCAAUACAGCAUACAUGAACUGUAGAAAUGAACUAUAUAUAGUGUACAGAAGUAUUAACAUUUGUAAAGAAGUUGUAAAAAUGUAACUACAGACUAUGAAUUGGUUAGCGUGCUGCAGUGUUUGUGAUUUGAUGACAAAUCACUAUCUCAGUUAAAGAAUAAAGAUGACUAAAUGCAUAUUAAAUCUGAAUCCACAUAGAAAAAAAUGCAACUUUGUAAUCCAUUUAAUCCUUUUAUGUGGAUUUAUUUAUGAUCAGCUAAUUAAAAGUAUUUUGCUUGAUCAUGUGUUUUUAUAUCUACAUGAUUACUAAAUUUUAGACACUAAUACUGAAUUUGGCUUGCUGUAUUAAAGAGAGAAUGUUUACUACUUUAUUGUAUAGAAUUCUGGGGAAAGGGUAAGUGGAAAUAUGGCUGAAUUUGGAUUGUGUAAAGGAUAUAGCUGGCUUGUGACACUACCUGGCAUUUGAUAGUGUCUUUUAACCGGUUUACUUUAUGUACUCUGCAACAAUUGUGGUUCUGGAUCCUUUAUUUUCUCUUGCCACCAUGAGACAUUAAAGAAAAUUUAUAUUUCACUUUAAGCUGGAAGUUUCUUCAACACAUAAUCCAGUACAGACACACAUUUAUCUUGGUGUAUUUUUUACUUGAGGUCUUAUGCACAUAUGGAGAGAGAUGUCUGUUUGAGCUGCUGCAUCACAAAUUUGGUUUUCUUUAAUUUUUCAUGUAAUGGUAAUGGGACAUUAUAAUUUUUCAAAGCAAUGCAUAUAUUUUUUUUAAAAAAAGAUGACAAAUACACUAAUGCACUCAUUAAUAUAUGCCUGUGUCCCAGUAUACUUUUCAUCUGUGCACAAUUUGUGUAUGCAACAAAAGUUGUGUUGUUAUUUUAUCUUUGCACCUUUUUAUUUUAUGGAUAAAUACUUGUGGCUACAUUUUCCUUAAGUUUGAAAAAGCAUGCCAAAGGAUUUCAUAGAAGAAAAAUCAUCUGCUUGUUCAACUUUGUUUAUGGCACAUUUAAGUCUAAGAAUGUUUAUUGCAGCAAGAAGCCAUCACCUAACAUUUUAAAGUUAGUGUUUCCCAUACUUGACCUGAGGGGGGGUGGGGAUAAAAUGAGCCAAAUUUAUUUUGAUAAAGAAAUCAGCUGAUGAUAUAUGUCAUAUGGAGCCAUAAAUGUUUCAGAUGUAUUAGUGUGAUCUUAACAAACAAUUAAUUUGAAAUAAAAUGUUGCUUGUGGAGCUUAGUGCUGAUAAGCCAAAAACAUUCAAAACCAUGAUAUAUGGUAAAUGAUCUGUAAAACCACUACUUAAAGCUCUUUUAUUCUAUAUUUUGUAUAAAAAAAAUGCUGAAAUGUUUUUGGAGAUGUUUUUGCUUUGAGUAAGGUUCUUGUUGCCUGUUGCUUGGGAAAUAUCUAGGAAUAGAUGCAGAGUUCUUCAAUGAAUGGAAGAGCUUUUUCUGUUCACAGAUGGGAUUCUAGCAGAUAUUUGCACAGGAGGAAGUUAGGACAUGAUUUUUGCCGAUUCCCCCCUUCCCUCUACAGCCUUAACAUCACCUUCAAAGAGCUCCCCAACCUGCCAGAGCAACUUUUCAGGGGGCUGCAGAGAGGAUGAAAAUUGGUGAAGGAUGGGAACAUAGGAAUUUGCCAUACACUGUUAGAAGAAAUCAGUAGAAUUCCUUUAAAAAAAACCAUUAAGUGUCCAAAGAUAAACUGAAACAUGGCUGAUUUUGUGUUCCUUUAUAACACAACGCUGUGUGUGUAUACCUAGAAGUGAGUUCAGUGGGACUUCCCUGUGAGUAUGUAGGUGCCUUACUUCCCCUCAUGCAAUGCUUCUUUAGACACGGUCACCAGUUCUAAAAUUACUUUUGUUAGGCUGCAGGAAAGUUCUGAAGUUCUCAAAGAACAGCCUCGAUCACAUCUCAAAACUAAUUUUAUACUCUAGAUCAGGGUUCCCAAACUAAGGCCCGGGGGCCGGAUGCGGCCCAAUCGCCUUCUAAAUCCGGCCCGCGGAUGAUCUGGGAAUCAGCAUGUUUUUACAUGAGUAGAAUGUGUCCUUUUAUUUAAAAUGCAUCUCUGGGUUAUUUGUGGGGCCUGCCUGGUGUUUUUACAUGAGUUGAAUGUGUCCUUUUAUUUAAAAUGCAUCUCUGGCUUAUUUGUGGAGCAUAGGAAUUCGUUCAAAAUAAAAAUAAAGAUUCAAACUAUAGUCCGGCCCCCCACAAGGUCUGAGGGACAGUGGACCAGCCCCCUGCUAAAAAAGUUUGCUGACCCCUACUCUAGAUGACUGAUAAGCACAACACAUGAGAAGCCCAGCUGUGUAGAUUGACGUCUACUACAAGCUGACCCAGCUAAAAAGGACACACUGAGUGUUUUAUAUUGUUGGGAAACUGACAGAUUGUUCUGAAAUAUAGUACCGAUGUCCCUGUU